AUGCCGGGAGACCUCAAUUCUCCAAAGGCGUCUACAUCUCCCGUGAAUCCACCGCGGCGCCAAAACACAAGUUGUGAUCCAUGCAGACGUUCCAAGCGACGCUGUGUUGUGCAGUCGGAUCCAGACGGGAUUCCCGAUGCGAUCUGCACAAAUUGCAAACGCCUGAGACGCCAAUGUACAUUUCAAUUCGCUAUAGCCCAGUCCAGUAGUCCUUUCUCUCGCAAACGACAGAAGCGCGACUACGGGGAAACCAGUGGAUCAACAACGCAAAAUGAAUUGAACGACUUUGAUGCAACAAUUGAGGAAGUUGCUGGAAGCCCGAGCAACCGAUUUGAUGCUAGCUCUAUCGCUGACCAAGAUGUUCUGGCGGCUUGGCUGAAUCUUGAUUAUGAUGAGAUUGUCGCGGAUAGCGUCAACUCUUUUCCAACCAACCUCGAACCUUCUAAAUCAUUCGAUGCGCUUCGUUCUGAGUACAUAGCUCCAGCAGAGAGCCAGCGUGAGGGUCAAGCUACGGCUACCACGUCCCAACUGACUCGCUUACACGAAGGACAAAAUCUCGCGUCAAUUGAUCACCGACCAACGGUUGGCCUUUCAUUCAACAGUCCCAUCUACCUGCUGAAUUCUGGGAUAGACGCGGAGAUAUUUGGUAGUCGUCUCGCUCGGAUCUAUGAAGCAAUCGCAACAGCCAGUGCGUCCAGGUUUUUGGACUAUGACUGCAAUCUCUAUGCGACUGGGAGUCGCUACCGGUUAGGGGACAGUGAGUCGGGGAGCUCAAAUGGAUCGGCACCUGCCGGGUCAACCGUGGGUUCAACCUCUAUUUCACCCCAUUUUGCUCUUCCGGUAUCAUCACAAGCAAUGCCUUAUGAAAUCUCCUUGCUGGGAAGUGUUCGGUUCCUUGAUCAUUUGGGCGACCUCUAUGGCAAUCGACUGAACUCAGCUGCGCGGAAGAAAUCUGACGAGACUUUCAAAGCGGUCCUUCGCGCAUUCUCGAUGCAAUGGUUGCCGAGCUCCCCUUCUUUUGGAGCGAGCUCAGCUUAUGAUCACUUUCCUCGGAAUUCAAAGUCCGGAGAGGCAGGAGAUGAUUCUUCCUUGAACGCUUUCAUUGAUGCGUGGGUACGGGCAAGGUCACUUCUCAACGAUGCGCACGAUGUUCGAUCAUUUCGAGUUGUAUUGGCAACACUCAUGUUUGUUGGGAUCGUUACACCAACUAAAAUAACCGACAGAGAGGAUCUCGUACCAAAUCACUUCCUUGACACAGCUUUGCAAAAGUUAUCCUACUUAGAUGGACUUGUCACGCAGUACUGUGCGAACCUGGGAUCAUCAUCUACAUAUGGCGCUCUUGCUGAAGCAAGUUUGAGCAUUGUACGGUGGACUGCAUAUAUCCGCGACACAGGCGCAGCGUUGGCGAUGGACCGGCAAUGCAAACUUCCAGAUCUGUGGGGUACUACAAAAGUCCUCUCGGGUAAAGAGGCCGUGGCAGCAUUGGCAGUCUCUCAAAAUAUACUAGAGUUGGAUAUCAAUAUUCAACCCAUCUGCCGGAAAGCCAGUGCGGAAACAUUUAUUGUCUGGAGGCAGAUUAUAAAUGUCAAAACCGUUGCUAACCAGGCACAUGGCACUAUCAAUGAACGAUCCUCAUCAACGAUUGAAGCAAUAAAGUUGAGCGUGGAGGCUGUUCGUGAGUUCAGCCAAUCAUUUCAACCUUUCAUCCUUCAGUGCAUCAGAAAUUUCGAUUGUCUGUCCACGUGCCCUAGGAUAUCUCUUGUUUCCCUCGUAAUGUUUUGGAACCUUGGCAUUUUUCUUCUCGCCGAAGUUUUCAGAAAGGUGACCAAAGACCUUGAUCUCGAUAUGGAACAAGAAAUAGGGCCAGCCGUUUGGGAAUACCAGCGUGACGCAGCCUCGUGCAUGGCACAGGUAGUUGAAUGCGUACUCAACUUACCCGCCGAGGAGGCCUUCAACCUCCAAAACGGACUCGGCGCCGAAGUCCCACUUACCGCUUAUCAUGUCACUCCGAGUUUGGCUGUCACGGCCCUUCAACGGGCCAUUGAGAGUGUGAUAGACCUGCAGCUUCACUCUAGGUGUGAUGAUUCAAUAUCAGAGGACGACGCGCAGUUUUUAAUACCGGACGGGAUCUGGGACCGACAAAUCGACAUUCUCAUGAAAGGGCUAAUAUCACUUGACGUUACUAUUGGCGGCUCACAGACCUGUGGUGUGGCUCUUAGGGGGUUAAUGCACCAACACGGGGACAUACUGUCUGAGUGCUGGACUUCAGGGUUUGACUCAUGA